AUGGAUUUCGCCGGCAGCAAGAAACGCAAGUUCAAGGACGCCAAUGGCGUCAAGGCUUCAAAGGAGAAGAAGUCUGUUACCGUUCCCGAGAAGAAAUCAAAGAAAGUCAAGCGCGCCGAACCCGAGCCCCGCGAAGAGCCCGAAAACGAUUCUUCCAACGAGGAGGAGGCUCUGAAGGAGGGCGGAGACAAGAGCGACGAGGCCGAUGAGGAUGCUGAAGACUCCACGUCCGGAGACGAAAAUGAAGAGGAGGAUACCGAGGACAAGGCCGAGGACAACACAAAUCUACCCGAUGGGGGAAAGCUCACAUUACCUCCAGUUGCUGGGGCUGAGUCGCAAUCCUUCGCGGAGCUGAAUCUUUCCGAGAAGACCAUGAAGGCCAUCAAUGAGAUGAAGUUUACCAAGAUGACUGAGAUCCAGAGGAGAGGUAUUCCUCCCUCGCUGGCUGGUCGUGAUGUUCUUGGUGCUGCCAAGACUGGUUCUGGAAAGACUCUAGCCUUCCUUAUUCCUGUCAUUGAGAUGUUGAGCUCUCUGCGAUUCAAACCUCGCAAUGGUACUGGUGUCAUUGUUGUUUCCCCAACUCGUGAGCUGGCUCUCCAGAUCUUUGGUGUUGCCCGUGAACUCAUGGCUCACCACUCACAAACUUAUGGUAUUGUCAUUGGAGGCGCAAACCGUCGCGCUGAGGCCGACAAGCUCGCCAAGGGUGUGAACCUGCUUAUUGCCACCCCUGGACGUCUGCUCGACCAUCUGCAAAACACACCUUUCGUUUUCAAGAACCUGAAGUCCCUUGUUAUUGAUGAGGCGGAUCGAAUUCUUGAAAUUGGUUUCGAGGAUGAAAUGCGACAGAUUAUCAAGAUUCUCCCUAAGGAGGACCGACAGACAAUGCUUUUCUCUGCUACCCAAACAACCAAGGUUGAGGAUCUUGCUCGUAUCUCGCUGCGUCCUGGUCCUCUGUACAUCAACGUCGAUGAGGAGAAGCAAUACAGCACUGUGGAGGGCUUGGAGCAGGGUUACGUUAUCUGCGAUGCCGAGAAGCGAUUCAAUCUUCUUUUCUCAUUCCUCAAGCGUAACCUCAAGAAGAAGAUCAUUGUCUUCUUCAGUAGUUGUGCUUGUGUGAAAUACCACGCCGAACUCCUCAACUAUAUCGAUAUUCCUGUUCUUGAUCUCCACGGCAAACAGAAGCAGCAGAAGCGAACCAACACCUUUUUCGAGUUUUGUAAUGCCAAGCAGGGUACACUGAUCUGCACUGACGUUGCUGCUCGUGGUCUCGAUAUUCCCUCCGUUGACUGGAUUGUCCAAUUCGAUCCUCCGGAUGACCCCCGCGACUACAUUCACCGUGUCGGUCGAACUGCCCGAGGCAGUAACACCAAGGGACGAUCUCUACUGAUCCUUCAGCCCAACGAGGUUGGCUUUUUGUCGCACCUCAAGGCCGCCCGUGUUCCCGUCGUAGAAUAUGAUUUCCCCAAGAUCAUCAACAUUCAGUCUCAACUUGAGAAGCUCAUCAGUUCAAACUACUACUUGAACAAGAGUGCCAAGGAUGGUUACCGCAGCUACCUUCACGCCUACGCCUCUCACUCGCUGCGCAGUGUUUUUGAUAUCAAUAAGCUGGAUCUGGCCAAGGUCGCCAAAAGCUUUGGCUUCACAGUACCACCGCGUGUUGACAUCACCCUCGGCGCCAGCAUGAGUAGGGACAAGAAGCAUCAGGGACGCAGAGCAUAUGGUAGUCAGCCACGACAGGGCCAGGGUAACAAGUUCACAAGGUAG